GUUUUCUAUUUCUCUCCUCACAUUUGCUCUCCAUUCAACCUCACCAAGUUCCUAGGACCUUUAUCAUCUUCAUCACAGAAGAAUCGCAUAGAGAAAUGAAAAGUGCUGUCAUCCCGUCUGGAUCACCCCUUCUUUCAAUGGAGACAAGGCCUCAGAACGGCCUCUGACUGCUGGACCGAGAAAUGAAAGGCUUUGUAGCGUGGUUCCUCCUCUGCACAAUUUGUCUAGAGAUUUUCAGAAAUCAGAGGAGGAAGCCGGGACUAAUCUUCAUUGAAGAGAAGAGCUUGAGGCACAAGUAAGCUGGGUUUCAAUUCAAGAUCAAAAUCCAGUCGAGGCUCGGGAUCAAACACUGUUUCUUCCUUGGUUAGAAUCUUGAAUCCCUUGUGGCUGCCAUUGGGGUUCCUAAGCGGGACAAUUUGUUGGAGAGAUUGAUGAAGCUGCCACGAUAGCUAAGAAAAGAUUUGUUAAUUGACGACAUGAAAGAGACCAAAAAUCUUGAACCGGUGAUGAAUUAAAUUCUAAAACCUGGGGCCAAGAUUUGAUCAAGAAUUUUGAAUUUUUAUUUUUUAUAUUAAUGAGGUUUUUCGAUUUAUCUGGUGGCACAUGAAUCUGGGUUUUUUUUUUUUUUUUGCUAUAAUAAGAAUCUAGCUUUUUUCUUUUUUCUAUAAUCAUUAUUGUGGGUUGUUUCUGGGUUUGAUUUGUAGAAAAUUUCUGUACAUAAACUUAGGUUUGAUGAUGAGAUUUUUCUGUGGAAAGUAUAAGAUUUUUGUCAGCAUCAUCUUUAGUUUUAGUACAAACGCAGAAAACUGUAGUUGGAGGCGAAGGGUUCAUAACCAGAGAUGAAGAGUUCUGUUUCUGUGUCGAAGGAGACAAGUUGCACUGGAUUGUUUUCUCUUUUUUAUUUUCGAUUUAUCCGUGGCAAAGAAUAAAGUAUAACGAUUGAG